AACAAGUUUAUUAUCAAUCACAAUCGUAUUUCUAUUUUGUGUUUAGACAAGGUUUAGUCAUUGUUUUUGUUUAUUUUAUUUAAAUCAAAUGGAGGGUGAUAAUGUAUCUACGUUUAGUGCUGAUGGUGGCCAAGAUACUGUGGGUCUUCCGCGCAUUGUUAUGGUAACUGAAGGGUCUGAUACCUCAGCAUCCUCAGCCUCAUCAACAUCAUCUUCUGAGGACAACUGGGCAGAUCUGAUCAAGUCUUCCGAAAUACCACCAGAAUACUGGCAUAUACAAAAGCUCGUAAAGUAUAUGAAAGCGGGCAAUCAAACAGCCACUAUGGUAGCACUAUCUUGCCUUAAAGACCAUGAUUUAACUAUAGAAGUGAACCAGCGAGCUAUUCAAGAAAUAGGCGGUUUAGAAUUAUUAGUAAAUCUUCUGGAAACACGAGACUUGUGUUGCAUUUUGGGCGGGUUGGCCGUUUUAAAAGACAUAACACCUAAUAUAGAAAUAAGGAAGAAAGUCACUGACCUGGGUGCAAUACCUUUACUCGUGGGUCUCUUGUCUGAUCCAGCGAGAGAUGUACAAAUACUAGCUGCAGAAACUAUAGCUAAUUUAGGAAGGAUUCGAAAGAGCCGAAAGUUCUGCAGAAAAUACGGUGGGCUGCCGAAGUUGAUCGACUUGUUGGAUAUAAAAGAGAAAUACCUGGUUACUCCACGAGACCAGCUAAAUCAAGAUGAGCUACAGUUUCUCGAUAUCGCAAGGGCUGGUGCUAAAGCCCUUUGGUCGAUGUCGUCCUCGCAAAGGAAUAGAGAAGCAAUGAGGAAGUACGGAAUGAUACCUUUGAUAGGGCGGAUGCUGAAGACCAUUCAUUUGGAUGUAGCAGUGCCAGCGGUUGGCUUGUUGCAAAUGUGUGCUAAUGAAACUUCCUUCCAAUUAGCUAUACAGACUGAGAAGAUGGUCAAUGAUCUGAUCACACAUUUAGCCAAUGAAGAUAAGGAUUUGAAGACCUAUUGCAGUUUGGCGAUUUAUAAAUGCGCAAGUGAUUCAAUAACAAGGGACAUGAUUCGGGAAGCCGGUGGCUUAGAAUUGUUGGUGGAAGCUGCCCAGGAUAGCACGAACAGAGCCAAUAAACCCCUUAUGGCUGCUGUAACUGGUGCAUUGUGGAAAUGUGCUAAUAGUGAGGCGAGUGUCAAGAGACUGGACACUCUAGGAGCAGUUCCAAUACUAGUCAGGCUAUUAGAUGACGAAAAUGAUGGAGUAUUGACCAAUGUCGCCGGAGCGCUCGCGGAAUGCGCUAAAUAUCCACCUAACCGUGGAAAAAUUAGAUCCUCUGGUGGAAUACCGAUGUUGAUACACCAUUUAAAUAAUACAUACAAACCGCUGCUAGAGAACGUCCCAUUGGUACUAAUGGAGUGUGCAAAAGACAUUAGUUGUAUGAACGAAAUUGACGAACUAGACGGCGUACGACUGAUAUGGUCUCUACUAAAGAAUGACUCGAAAAAGGUGCAAACAAAUGCUGCUCUAGCACUGAGCCCUUGCGUUCAAAAUGCGGCUGACUCUGGAGAAAUGGUGAGAUCAUUUGUCGGGGCGUUGGAACUAACGGUGGAUCUAUUAGAUUCGGAUGAUCAUAAUGUACUGUCAGCGGUUUGUGCAGCAAUAGCGACAAUUGCGAAAGACCACGAGAACUUGGCGGUCAUUUCUGACCACGGAGUCGUAGCGAAACUUUCCAAGUUAGUGAGCACAACAGACGACCACCUUCGCGCCAACCUCGGUGUCGCCAUUGCCUACUGCUGCGACUGGGCACAGAACCGCCAGGAGUUUGGCAAACGCGGCGCCAUUACCCCGCUCGUCAACUAUAUGACGUCACGCGACCCUAACGUACAUCGGGCUACCGCUUUGGCGCUUUAUCAUCUGUCGUUCUAUUCUAUCAAUUGUGUUACUAUGCAUGCAGCUGGUGUCGUACAAUUUCUGUUAGAGACAAUAGGUUCCAAGGAUCCCAUUUUACAAGAAGCCUCAGCGGGCUGCCUCUGCAACAUCCGCAAAUUAGCCCUAGCUACGGAAAAAAUCAAGCUCAAACAAUAGUAGGCAAUUAUUUACCGGUUUUACCAUAACAUGGUGGUUUAAUAAAAUGAUUAAAAUGUUA